UUAACAAUGUCUCCCAUCAGCUCUGCUUCUCAUUUUGCUCUCUUCUUCUCUUUCUUCCUUCUCUUCUCCACUGCUUCUGCUUUUAACAUCACCAGAAUCCUAAGCAACUACUCGGAUUUCGGCAGCUUCAAUGACAUGUUAUCACGAAACCAUCUAGCAGAAGACAUUAAUAACCGCCGAACCAUCACCAUCCUCGCUGUUGAUAACGUAUCCCCUCUCGAUAGCCUAUCAUCGGCUGCGCAGAAAAGGGUCUUGAGCCUGCAUGUGGUAUUGGAUUAUUAUGAUAUUGCCAAGCUCAAAAAGUUGUCAAAGAAAUCUGCAGUUCUCACUACCCUUUACCAGUCCAGUGGCCAAGCCAGAGGCAGACAAGGGUUCUUGAAUGUGACAUCUAAGGGUGGUGAUCAGAUUGUCUUUGGUUCUGCAAUUGCCGGAUCCAGUCUUAAUUCCAAUCUUGUCAAGUCGGUCGCCGCCCAACCAUAUAAUAUUUCUGUGUUGCAGGUAAGCUCUCUUAUAAUGCCUGAUUCUGUAGUCCGCAGUAAAAGCACCCAGAGACCAGCCAAGGCACCUGCACCAGCGUCUCCGGCACCUGCUCCUUCACCAGAAGAUGCUGAUUCUCCUAGCCCAACUGCAGAUGCUUCAGCCUCAUCUCCCAUCGCAGAUGGUCCAGUGGCAGAUUCUCCUGAAGCGGAUUCUCAUGGGGUUGCAUCUGCGAGUGGCGGAAGCCUUGCGAUGGUCGGGAUGGUUUUGUUCUUCGUCUGGGGUCUACCAAAGAUGAUCUGA